CCCCCGGCAUGCGGCGCGGCGGCUGAGGCGGCGGCGGGCCGACCCCCUCCGAGGCCAUGUUCCCCCGUCCCCCUUUCCCCGGGGAGGUGAGGCGGGCGGCCGCCUCGGGCCGCAGCCGGUCCCGCCCGCGGGGGGCUGGAGGCGGCACGGUGCUGCUGCCCUCCAUGCUGAUGUUCGGCGUGAUCCUGGCCUCCAGCGGGCUGCUCCUCAUGAUCGAGAAGGGCAUCCUGGCCGAGGUGAAGCCGCCGCCGCUGCACCCGGCGGCGGGGGAGCUUGCCGGGCGAGGCGGCGGCGGCGGUGGUGAGGAGGCCGCCGGCGACCUGGACUACGAGGUGCUGCGGGACAUCCGCAACCGCACCAUCCGCGCCGUCUGCGGGCAGCGGGCCAUGCCCCGCAGCGUCUGGGAGCUGCCGGCCGGUCAGCGGCGGACGGUCCUCCGUCACCUCCUGGUCAGCGACAAGUACCGCUUCUUGUACUGCUACGUGCCCAAGGUGGCCUGCUCCAACUGGAAACGCAUCCUGAAGGUGCUGGACGGGGCGCUGGAGAGCGUCGACGUCAAGCUGAAGAUGGACCACAAGAGCGACCUGGUGUUCCUGGGGGACAUGAAGCCCGACGAGAUCAGCUACCGCCUGAAGAACUACUACAAGUUCAUCUUCGUGCGAAACCCCAUGGAGAGGCUGCUGUCGGCCUACAGGAAUAAAUUUGGGGAGAUCAAGGAGUACCAGCAGAAGUACGGGGUGGAGAUCGUCAGGCGGUAUCGGAAGAACGGGGGGAAUUCAGCGGGCGACGACGUGACCUUCUCCGAGUUUCUCCGGUACCUGCUGGACGAGGAGGCGGAGAGGAUGAACGAGCACUGGAUGCCCAUCUACAACCUGUGCCAGCCCUGCGCCGUGAGGUACGACUUCAUCGGCUCCUACGAGCGGCUGAAUGCGGACGCCAACUACGUCCUGGAGCGAGUCCAGUCGCCCUCCUUCAUCCGCUUCCCUGAACGGCAGUCGUGGUACAAGCCCGUGACGGCAGAAACGCUCCAUUACUACCUGUGCAACACCCAACGCCGGCUGAUAAAAGAGCUCUUACCAAAAUAUAUCCUGGAUUUCUCCCUCUUUGCCUACCCCCUUCCCAACAUAACCAGCGAAUUCUGCAGGCAAUGAGUUGUUCAUGUCGGAAUCUGGUGUAAAUUCUGCCUUCGCUGCAAGGAUUUGCUAAUGCAGCCAUUGCUGCAAAUAACGCGUCGCUGCAGGGCCUGUGAAACACGCUCUUCUAUGCAUUAUUUCCUAAUUUUAUACUUUUCAAACACUGUUUAUAUAAAAUAUUAUAUAUUGCCUUUUGCUACUAGAAUACUUUUUGUAUUGUUCUGAUUUUAAUGUGUACAUACGCCGCUGACGAGCACAGUAGCUUUUGUAUAUCUAUUUUGCUUUAAAUUCUUUUUUAUGGCACGACAUGGAAAACAGCUGUAAGGAAACUGAGAAAUGGAUAUAUUUUAAGUAUCUUUUCCUCCUUUUUGGUGUUUUGUACUAAAUAGUAUGCGGCUGAAUUGCAAUCAUAGUGGUUGAUGCGCUAAAAAUUAGCGCUGUUAAAACUGAUCCUGGAUUACACAGGAGGUAGUUUUUUGGGUAUGAGUAGAAGAAAAGGCUUUUAUAAACUAGGCCCUAUUUAUCCUUUAUUUUCUCAUCUGUAGAUGGUGGUUAAAUGAGACUGGUCUUUUUUUUUCUGUGACAGUAGUACCUCUGUAUUUUAUUAUUAUUAUUAUUAAUUAUUAUUUACCAUUGAAGUAAAACUAGUGAUAGGAUAAUAUUCACUUUUGUGCAAUUUUAAGAUUUGAAAGUACCAACUAUUUACCCAGCAUGACAUAUCAGAUGCAAUAUCAAGCCAUAACAAUUCGCUCUGCUCUCUCUCUCCUUGAACGAAAGCAAUACAGACUUCUGAUAAGAUCAAAACCCAUCCUGGUUCCUAGGACAGAAAGCAACAAGAAAACCCACCCGCAGCGUGCCAGCUCACAGCCUCGGUGGGCGUCUGCGUGCCCACGUGCGUGCAAACCACCGUGGCAAAAUGCUUUCUCUGGCCAUGUUUGAAACAACGGUGAUUCGAGGAUUAGUUCUCCCUUCUUUUAUAGAUGUGCACACCGUUUUUGUAGCUACUUGUAUUUAAUUACGGCUGCUAAAUUGUAAAAGUUUGGGAGAUAACGCAGAAUGUCGUUCCUGGGAGGCUGUGUCCUCGUUUCUAAUAAAGUUUUUAUAUGAAUUAG